UGGAUAUCAACGGGAGACGAAUCCAACCGGCAAAUCAAAAAACCAUCGUUCAAGAACCAAAUCGCUACUGAAACGGUAUCUAAGUGCAAGAACAUCCACCCAUUUCUCUUCGUAUGUAAUUAAGAGCGUUUACUUGACGGUUUUUAAUAAGAGGCGCGAGUGAAACUCAUUAAAAAUGGAUCAUUUGAAACAAUUCGAGCCCCCGAGAUUCGACAGCGAAUCCCCAGACGAUUUCGAACAUUUGGGGCACGACAGCAGCCCCCUGCAAGAAUUUAAACAGCAUACAGAAGACCUUUUGGGGUUAAAAUCGUCUGGCGAGGACACGCAUGAACGCCACGAAAAAAUCGAUAAGCAGGAAAAGAACGAGUUCAACACCGCAGCAGGAGACAGUUUAUUAGACCAACCCCUAAUACCACAAAAAAUGGAAAGUCUUGUUGAUCUUAAUCCAGCCCCUUUUUCCAACAGGAACGAAAACGAAGAGAAUAUAAACAGGUUUUUGAAAGAUAUGACUGAUCCUUUUGCCAGUGUUCAGCCACAGGAAGUGUCAUUUAACGCCAGCAAUAUAAAUUCGUUCUUGAAUAACGAAAGAGGCGGGUUAAAAGAGCCCCAUCACGAUGAAGUACUGGAAAAAUACUCGGACAGUGAGCCUGAAAGUGAUGAAUUUAGAUUCAACAAGCCUGAAGAAGUUAAAAAGUCUGUCACUGAUAACGUUGUUCCUGCACAAACCAAAACAGAAACUUUCAAGGAUAUUCCUGAGCUUCCACAUAAAGACUACGAAGAAAUAUUGAAAGAAGAACCAAAACAGAGCAAGGUGGAACCAGUCAAGGAACCAGAACCAGUGAAAAUUCAGCCAAAAAUUGUUCCAGAAAAGAAACCAGCUGAUCUUCCUGCACCUCAGAAAACUGAGGUGUGUGCCAAGAAACUUCCUGGACAGAAAUUCACAGACGCUGAAGCAUUAUUCUGUAAAAUGGGGUUGGAUACAUGGUUUAAUCCAGAACGGUUAAAUCCUAAAGUGGAGAGUUUGAUCUAUUGGAGAGAUCCGAAAAAGUCUGGCCCAGUCUUUGGAGGAGUGCUUCUGGUACUGCUAGCCCUUACCUAUUUCUCCUUCAUCAGCGUAAUAGCAUAUCUUUCCCUGUUCGCACUCACCGGUACCAUCGCCUUUAGGAUCUACAAAAAUAUCAUCCAGGCUGUACAGAAAACAGGGGACGGACAUCCAUUCAAGGAAUAUUUGGAGCUGGACGUCGCCCUCCCACAAGACAAAGUAAAGGAAAUAUCUGAAGUGGCAGUGGCCCAUUUGAAUGCCGGUGUUUCCGAGCUUCGCAGACUCUUUUUGGUAGAGGAUUUGGUCGAUUCGAUCAAGUUUGGAGUUUUUCUCUGGGUCCUGACAUAUUUGGGUUCCUGGUUCAAUGGAAUGACUUUGGUCAUUAUUGCCUGGGUGGCGUUAUUUACCUUGCCCAAGGUGUACGAAGCGAAUCAAGCCCAAAUCGAUGCCAAUCUUGACAUUGUCAGGAGCAAGUUGACCGAAAUUACCGCAAAGGUAAAAGCAGCGAUUCCCAUAGGAAAGAAGUCCGAAGAAAAGAAGGAAUAAACUAGAAGAUCCCUUCCCCAGUAAAGAAAAUUAAUUCUAGGUGGAAAUAUUUCCUAUCGCAAGACACAUUUUUCUUAUUUAUUUCUACAUCUUAUUUAAUAUCUCGUUUCUAAUAUUUUGUUGGCAAAUAUAAUUUUUAAAGACUUUAAUUCGUAGAUUUAAUCGUAAUUUUCUUUACUGUCCUUCAAAACGAAAUCAAAAUUGUGUCGGUAUUUAUUAAGUCUCCCCGAUAUGUAUUUCAAAUAAUAUUUUUAAGCCAUCCCUCGUAAUCUAAUUACCUGAUCUUAGAAGGUUUUUAAAUCGGUUAGACUUAAUGGAAAAUUAACAUUUUUUUUUCGAAAAUAAUCCAUCGUUUUGACUAUAUAAUUUUUUCUUAUUUUGUAAAUACUAGUUAGUAUAUAGUGUAAUAAUUGUAUUAAUCGUCCUUUAUCAAUGCAACUUUACUUCGUGCAAACUGAAGAGUUUUUUUAAAGAAGAUAUAAAUUUUAUGUAGUCGUUUUAUUAAUUUGAAUAUAUUUGAUUUUGUUUUU